GACAAACAUAGGAGGAAACGUUUCUUACCAACAGCAAAAAGGAAGAAACUUUGCAAUUCCGGUGGCGGAGUGCGCGGGGCAAUUCACCAGGUCCAGAGCCAUAGAAUGCCAGGGCCGGGUCCGCACCUCAUGUACGCGAUGGGCUCGGGAGUGGCGCUGACUCAUCUGACUAAGGGUCGGUUUACCCCGCAUCACACUCUUACCUACACCCUCAACGCCUUCUUCGGCCCAGACAUCGGCUCCUUCUCCGAGUGGCUCUCCUCCACCUUCUUUCCUGGCUCCUCUUUCGGCUCUGCCCUACCCGAUGCCAUACACCAUCCUUUUUACUAUGUCUUGAUUCUGGGGUUGCCACUCUGUUUUUUUUAUUCCAGGGCAUCCAGGGUUUUGCUUCGAAGGGGAAUUCUGGAUUCACUUUCUGGGGAGCCAUUAUCAAAGCGGCAAUGCAUCUUGUUAGUAUCAGCUGGUUCUUUGUCACACUUUUUUCUUGAUCACUUGUUUGAGGAAAAUGGGCACUCAUCCAUGUAUACUUGGAUAUUGAGCACUGGUUGGUGGAUAAACCGAGCAGCUGUCAACCCAGAUGCUGUUGUUGUAGUUGGCUUCUUAUGCACUCUGUUAAUUGUUGGUUUCAUUUACAUCAACAGAGUGAGGUCUACUAAGUUUAAUAGAAAGCAAUCAUAUCAGUCAGUGAAACUUAUUUUGAUUAUAGCAAUCCUCUACUGCUUGUGGUGUGCUAGCCAAAUAUACUGGGUAAAUCCUCGUCGGGCAGCAGUUGGUGAAGAGGCUGAUCUUGGAGUUGUUAUAUUUAUGGCCACAUACUUUUUUCUUCCUCAUUGCUUUUGUAUUUUGUCCAUGAACCCUGAAGAGUUGCACACAGAGCACCUCCCUCUCUAAUGGUAUUAGCAGCAUGGUGAUAGGUGAUGAGAUGCAGUUUACCUGAAAGAGAGAUUAAAAUUUUUAGAUUGUUUAUUGCUGCAUUCAAAUAUGAAGCACUGCUUGCCUGGUACUGUGGUCUUUGUCAAUGUUAAUGUAACCUUGAGAUGUUAUUUUUCUGGAAAAUAAACAGUUGUGUUAAUAAUUUUCUGUAAAUCUCAGAACCAUUGUGCUAGAGCCAUAUUGUUUGUAAUCCUAUAGGUGUCUAGAUGGCCUUGACCUUUCAUUAUAUUUUUUAAAGUAUUUUUCUUUUUCGUAGAUUCUGUUGUGUUUUUACUUGUAUAUGGUGUAAUGUUAAACCCUUGGCAAGCGAGUAUUUUAUUGGUUGGUCACCAUGUUGUUGCUGAUUGAAUUUCAUUCCUAUCAGAUAUGGUCGCUUAUCUUCCCAUCUGACCCCAUGUAGAGUUAUAUGUAUGGUUUAACUUUAUUUAGGACCUUUUUUUUUUUUU